CUGACCCAAUUGAACAGGAAGUAAAUGCAGCUUUCGACAACGAAGAUCCUCUCAAGUGGGAUUACGCCGGUGACCUCGCUUCGCAUCAUAUUUCCGAAACUCUUACUCAGAAUUCACAGAUGUGGAGCGCGAUACAGAGCGAAUAUGAAAGAGGUUCGGAUGAAAAAUAUUCUCCCGAUACGACAUCUACUCUCCCGUUUACAUGGCCGUCUUUGUGUGCCGCUCGGGAUACCGGGAACCCACCCUAUGCGCUAGGGUCGAAAAAGGCUCUUCGACAUUACUACACAACCAGACCACCCUGGCGAUUCGCUACUUCCGAUCGGACUGUCAAUCACGGAUCUUUCAUAUCAAGUCCCGAACCGAGAUCCGACUACGAAUGGAAUUCUCCUCGUCUGUCCACCAGAAGAAACUUUACACGUUCGGAAAAUUCGUGUUCCCUGCUUUCCGACACAUUGUUAACACCUCUGGCCAGUAGAGUCUCGUGCAUGCUAGAAAGCGAUGAGGAGCAGGCGGAUGGCACCGGCCCACACGAAACAUCUUGUUACACUUCGGCAAAGACUACGUGGUCAGAUGGGGACGACCCGCUUAGUGGUGAAAAAGUACAAGCAGAUAGUUUUCCAGUGGAGGAAACUAUAUCUACUGCUUGUUCAUCAGUGACGAAUGGUAUUCCUUCAGUUAGUGAACCAAUUAAUUUUGACAAUGUGCAUCCCACUCAUAAUGUUGGAAGUCACAUGAGGAGAAUUUUUGAGCACACCGACAUUUCGAAAUAUUCCGUUCAUGAGGAUUUGUGCGCUUUAUCCAUACACGGACAAACUGCUACUGGCUCUGUGCACGAAGACAUUCCAUGGAUUCCGGAAUGUUCGCCUCGACGGACGAGUGUACUUGACGAAAAGAAUGAUUUGGCUCGUAAUGGGCCCCCUUCAACUGAUUUGACUACGCUGAAAAUGGACAAGUUCCCAUCGACUGCUUCCCCCCACACUGGCACGAUGACUAAUUCAGCAGGAGACACUGACCUUGUACAUCAUGGAGCGACAAGCUUUACCAAUCCAGCUAGGCAAUCUGAGUGGCCUUUAUGUCCCUCUAUGGGCGAAGAAGGUUCCGGUGAAAACUCGGUCUGCAAUAAAUCUCAUAUCUCACGUGCUACAUCAACGGAGCGUACCGCGCUCACAGUUGUCACUGACGCUUCUCCAACCCAAUUGACACCGCGGAGCACAAGAGAUUAUCAUCAACAGGGUGAUGCAACUAAUCGCCGGCGCAGUUUGUCUUGCGGUCUUCUUGAUCUCUCCGUCCACAUUGCGAGGCCCAUCGAUAUCAAGCGUGACGAUCCUCUGCGUCCCAGUUCCUCUCAACGGGUUGCCUUUACUUCAAUUGCUCCUUAUCUGUUUGAGGGAACGGAACAUCGUCCUGAGCUUCCAAAAUUGAAACCGGAAGCAUGUUCAACCGCUCCUGAACAUGGCUUACUGGCAGGCAAUAUAUGUACGUCCCAAAGAAAUACCGAUCCGUGUGGCUCACAAGAACGUCCAUCACCACUGACCCACUCCAGACUCACCGUUUCCUGUCAUAGCGAAACAAAAGUAACGUUCCUACGACCAUCCAUGUCAGCGCCUAUCUGCCAAGCCACCUCUGCAGCUCUUCAUAAAGCAUGUCCAAAUUCUGCCCUAUUCAAGGGGAACGUAGCGGCCAUGAGACUUACCGAUCCAAGUGGAGUGAACUCAAGUAAUGUCUUCGCGAAUUCGUAUUCAGACCUGGGGCCGAAUUACGACAAGAGGCUGACAUCCUUAUCUUGUUCACUUUUGGAAACAACUAUUGGCUACGACAAUGGCAAGCUUUCGCCGUCUGUAAAACCAGACCCUGAGUCCUCAUUUUACAUGGAGUCCAAAACGAAAGACUCAUCAAUUUUGGCACCACCUUCGCUGGAAACGCAAGUUUUCGCGGACUCUGUAGACUUGCUCCGUUCGGAAGCCAACGAACGGGAUCCUGGUAACACCGUCAAUUCCCUGUAUGCUGCACAGGAACCCAAGGACGAUGAAUUCGCAUUGCAUUCCGCGAACCCAGUGCUAGCCUCUCGACCCCCACCUUUCAAAACAGCACAGUUGCCAAGAUCGCAUGUAAGCCCACGGGGCCUCCGGAAUGUUACCAGAGUUUGUGAUCGACAGAUCAAUGAUGCUCCUAUGAUUCCCGCAUCUGAAACCACGAAUCAUCGGUCGUCCACUGUGGUAUGCGAAGGGUUUAACGCACGAUCGACGUACUCACCUCAUAUUUUCUCCGUGUCCAAGUAUGCACCCUUCCCCUCAAGAAAUUCCGGUUCAACAUACGGUCCCGAAAGGAGGCAGCAACUACAUAUGUCGAAUGCCGCGCCAACAGAUCGGUUGCAGUACAUGCUGUUUAAACACCGGUUAAAGUUAGCCCGUGCGAAGCAAGCCUACAUUCUACGGCGGCGCGUGGUACGGCAACUGGAGAGUCUUCUCCAGCAAGCCUCGUCGUUGAAAGUCAAGUCGAUUCCUGACGAUUGGGACACCGAAACUUCCUCCCUCUUGACGGAAGUAACAAGUAAAGAAAACGAAGUUGGUUAUCCUGAGGUGGAAGAUGGCGCAGCACGGAUAGGCGGACAACACCGAAAGGAUGGUGGUUCCCGGUUUCAUCUCGCCGGUGCCGCAGAAAAGGCACCUGCCAAAGACGGCCAGUCGCUGAAUAAUAGAGACACUGUGUCUUCUGUUGCAAAAGAGAGCUCCGAAUGCCUUACCAGCGGUGACCGACGAUUUCGUCAGAGGAGCAAGCCGAUUCGGGAUUCGGAAGAUUCGAUGUCCUCUGCUCAAUCUGCGGAUCACAUUGAUUCAGAGUUGCCACAGCAAUCGCUGCGUCAACGUUUGUCCGAACUGAGGAGUCGAGCGGAGCAGCAGUUAGCUGAAAUGCUUACCAUUCUCAAAAGAAGUCGUUCGCUUCCUCGUAACUUGCGCCCAGUUCAACGCGUGGUCACUCGAGACAACCGAAAUGAUCCUCUAUCUUCCCCACCCUUCGCCAGUAUGGGGAAAUUGUUAGACUCGGAGAUCGCUGACCCUCUGCACUUUUUACCAUCACACGCACGAUCGUCCGCAGGUGGGCUAACUUGGUUCCAUCCGUUCACACCCAUUCACUGUCUCGAGGAGGACGAUGAACUUUUCCACAAGGAUCACAUCAGCCAGCAAGAUCAGAUAUCUCACAGUCCAAGUUUGGGCAUGCCAGCAGACGGAACGGGUAGCGCUGGGCGUGGGGAUUGUACCAUCACUGACAGAACCCAAUUGGCUGUGUCAAAGCCCGAGAACAUACUGGAACCGGCGCGCGCCUACCAAGUAGAGGACGCACCUGGUCAUUGGUACUGCCAUGGUGCACUUAAGACCGUACCGUUUUCAUCUAACAAAUCGUUUACACCAUUUACCCAUUCAAACCUCAACACUGGAGCCGAUUCUUCGCUGCAUUCACAUUCUCCCCGGUUGGCAAAUGACACCUGCCGUCCACCUGGCAGCUUCAUCCAGUCAGCCUAUCCCAAAUUGCCAACCUCAUUUCCGGAAGUUCCAUACGGCUUUACUGACCGGGCCGUUCGUGAGCCCUCGGGAUCGACUUAUCGUCUGGAUGAUGGCAUCCGCCACCGAUUCAUUGAACAUCAUACAGCUCGAAACAAUGAAGAGCAGUAUGUUUGGUCUACGCUGCAAUCCAUGUUUCGCCAGCGCAUGCAACGCUGGAUCUCUCGGUCAGAGGCACGUCAGAAGCGAAUCAAACUAGCUUCGGAGGAGCGAAAGUACAUUCGUGCUAUGAACGAUGAAAGAGCGCGUUUGUUUGCCGGGGUCAUCCAUAAUGGCUCACAUACGCGUGUCAUGCAGCCCAAAUGCAUCUCUGACUCUCGACACAAUUCUCGCGGGGUGGCAUAUCCUGGUACUGAUAAUUCAAGUUGCAAGAAAACACGACUAAUUCACUCUACGAGCCACUGUUGUUCUACGGAUGUAACACGUCGGUCUCUCAAUCUCACUUCCUCGAGGAAUGUGUGUCAAGACUGUUCAUGUGCAGCACGAGACAUCGGGGAGUCCAUAUCAAGCAAAAAUCCGUGCAUCGCUAAGCGGCGAUGCGUUCGACCUUUGCUACCUCGAGAUGAGCAGCGGCUAGCCAGAGAGCGAAAACUAUCACAGCUUCGUACGAACCGGUUGCGAAUGAAGAUAUACGGUGAAAAAGUCUUGCAAACAGUCUUGAAACGUUCCGGUGCUUGGUCUCUGUCGUUCAAAGACAUUUGACUCGUCAGACAGGUUUUUCGCAAGCUUCAAUGAUCUCAAGGCUUUCGCCUUUAUGUUAUUCUCGUUCCUUCACGCCUAUGUUCCCACACCAUCUUUGUACUUUAGUCUGUAAUCUUUUGUUGUGCUCACAAACAUGAGUAACUGUAUGUGUAACAUUUGGUUUAUCCUACUUGCCCCGCGAGCUGUGACCUCUCACCACUGUCCAUCUUCAUUGUCUAUCUUAAUAAGCAGCUUAUUUUGUCUCUUGGUGUUUCAUGCGAUCGAGAUUAUUGUUCCUUCGGCGGUGUCUCAUGUAUUACUCGUCUCCUACCAAGUUAACUGCCUUACCACGUGG